AUGAACUACUCCAUCUACGGCAUCCCAGCCUACUGGGUGCUGUCGCUCUUUCCACACGUAUAUGCUCAACGAAUCAUCAAGAACGCCAGCAAUGGUCAUUGGGACAAUCGCAAUCCCAGGGGAGUCGACCUACUGACGCAGUACAAGAGAUCAGUGCCUGCAGCAGCCUUUGCGAAGUUUGAAAGAGCGAGAGCUACCCAUAAUAACGGUAUGGAAAAUAUGGCCUUAUUCAUUGGAGCGGUGGUCGUGGGCAAUAUGGCGAAGCUAGAAUCAAGCAAGGCCUCUGGAAAGGAGAGCACUCUCAACACCGUCGUUGGAAGCUUCCCCGCCCUCCGCGUGGUCUACACGGCGCUGUACAUCACCAUCACGAACAAAAAGUACAGCCUAGCUAGAAGUACCGUCUGGGCUAUCAGCACUUUGCUGCUUUUCUAUCCAAUCGUUAAAGCAGCAAAUAUGCUAGUUUACCAAACAGACUCUGCAUAG